AUGUUUGACACUAGCCAUAAACAUCGUUCUCCCUCGCAACCCGACGCUGAGAUCCCACUGCUGUGGACUCAUGUAGUCGGCUCAAAACGCAAAGGCAACAACAAGCAACAGCAAUCCAUUGUUUCUUUCAACCCUACGCACAUCCAACGACCAGUUACGGAGACAGAGGCAUCUCAGCAGGCCAUCAAUGGAGAGGCCUCUUCAGGACCUACGGCCGCCAUACGUCCAUUCCUCAAGGGGAUCGAGGAGGAUUCGGUUUUCAUCGAUCUGGAACCUGUCAAAGAUCGUAAUCUAUUGAACAAGGCCGUUCUCAAGUUCAAUGAAGCUACAACCAACUCUGAACUUUAUGAAGACUUUCUUGGUUGCCGUAGCAAACCAAAACAUUAUUUUGGCCAUACUUUCCUCGAGACAAUGUGGCUGCCUGAGUGUGUAGGACGCACCACACUCAUCAACGACGGCAUUACCCUGGAAGACGGUACCUAUUUGAGGGGUUUUUUAUCCUACCCGGGCGAUGCCACCUGUGGAAUACAUCCACUACGAUCUGCAUUCCGACAGUUCAUCCAGUUACCAGAUUUAGAUGAUAUAAACUGUAUGUACACUGGAUUAGAUGUACGAUAUCGAUUUAUACUAUAA